CAAACGCACGCGGCGGCUCUCUCGAGAGGGGCGCGCACACCACUGUGCACCGACGACGUUUUCCGCUGUCGCGAGAGUCGCAUACUACACAUUAUAAUAAUAUCUCCUCCGCGGUGCGUGUACGUUUCCGUUUUUGAUCGUCCGUUGCGCCGCCGUACGCUCGCGAACACUGCGUCCUUCCGUCCGUCGGUUCGAUCGGGCACUCGCGAUUUUUAUGUGAUCAUUCGGCGACGAGCUUGGUUCGACCGGAAGUAUAGUUUCCGUCAACACUAUGCGACCGGCCGCGGCGUUCGGCAAACCGUUCACUUACCUGGCGGCCUCACCCGCCGCCGCCGAUCAUCGUCCGCCGCAGCCACAACUCCAAACCCCAGUGCCGGCGUCCGUAUUGCACACGUUUUCCGGCACCGGCGGUGGCGCCAGCAGUGGCGCUCCAACGCCGCCGGUCAGGACGUCCACAGCUACAGCGCAAGGGACGACGGCCACGGGCAAACAGAAACCACCCCCGGUGCCGCCUAGGGGUGAACAGACUAGAUUGACCACAGUGCCGGCGAAAAGAUCUGCUGCGGAACCGGUCUGCAAGAAACCGGAACCGGCGGUGGUGACCGCUUCGUCACCUCCUCCUCCGCCGCCGCCACCAUCGCCACCUCGUACCGUUGUUUCGGACGUAGACACUAACCUACCACCACCGCCGCCUAUUAUACCAUCGCCAGUGGCCGCUGAACCGGACGAAGACUUGUCCGCUUCGGCGUUGAUCAGCAAGUUUGAAAACGGAUGUGCCGUCAAACCGUCGUCAGUCAUUGCCGGUACAAUAGUCGACCAGAAGCUUCCCGUUGAAGUGGACUCGGGCACUUCCACGUUGGCCGAGAGUACAGACGAUGAUAACGACGACGACGAUGACGACGACGACGAUGACGAUGACGACGACGGAGAGGAUGAUGGCGCAGCGGACAUUUGGGUGCGAACCAUCGAGUCACCGGUCAAGAAUGUACAUCCGCAAAAGGUCCGACACCAUUCAGACAGCGCGAUAAAGGCGGUCACGGCCGAGUCCUCGCCGCCGACUGAGAAACGCGGCAGCCUGCCGGUCGACGUGACUGUGGAAGAGAAGAAUUUAUCACCACCGGCAAAAGACUUGGCCAGGUCGUCAUUCCGAUUAUCGGCUGGUAGUCGGUGUUCGUCGCCCGCACUGCUGGCGGUCAACAGUCAACAGAACAAGCAGCAGUCGUCGUCGGAUGGUAGGAAAAUCAGCGCGGCCGAGGCGCUCGGUGUGGUGGCUAAACCGUGUCCACGCAUACUGCCUUCGUCGGCGACGUUAGACGCGGCGUGCCGGCGUCAAUCGCUGGGAAAUCUCGCCGAGUCACGGUUCGGAACGAUGCUUUCCUCGUCGGUGCGUUCGUCGUGGGCCCCGCCAUCGGGAGUUCAGACGGACGUUGAGUCUACACAAAGCGAACCAUCGUUCGACUACAGGCGCAAAAAAUUCACAAAACGGUGCUCGAGCGCGGACGGCCGGAACCCCGUGCAUCACCACCAUCAUCACCAUCACUACCACACCAUGCAGUCCGGUAGCCGAGCGGCGGCUGCCCGGGACCCGGACUUUGGCGCCAAACGGGCUUUCAUCCAGGAGAAGUUGCAGGCGGCUGGAACGAAAUUGCAGAACGCCGGCAUCGUGCCAUCCGGGUUGCCGCCCACGCCGCCGCCACCGGCAGUCUCGGCUUACCACAUGCAACUGCACAAUGGCGGCGUAGACUGUGGUAAACCGCCGCGGUCGUCGUCGUGCAAUUGUGGCCAGCACCAGGCCACGUCCAGGCCGAUGUUCAUCAACAAGCGAACUGCGUCCGCCGAAGAGUUGCUGCCGCCACCGGCCGCCGUCACCGUGGCCGAAGCGGACCUGUUCACGGCCGCGGGACGCCAGGUGUCCACGUCGUCGUCGUCGUCGUCGUCCGGCGGCCGCGGUUCGUUUGGCCGGUCACAACGCGUCACGUUCGCUCUCGACCAGCACCAGCAUCAGCUGUUCACGGCUGGACGGCCCUCGGGCUGCGCUGAACCGACGUCUUCGUCCUCAUCGUCAGUCGCCAAAAAACCAUUCAAGAGCAAUUUAAAGGUCAAAGACGUCGGUGCAGCCGCUGCGCCCGAACUGAACGUGCUUGGAACUGGCGCCAUCGACACCAGACUACCGCCACAAUACCCGCACCCAUACGGACUGCCUUACAAGUUGCCGGCUGUUACUGCCGACGUUUUGCAGGGCAAAGGAAAUUCAGCUAUAAUGAAAUCCUUGCACAAGCCAAAGCAAUCGUCUUAUGGAGGUUCCCCAUCACCAGAUCUAAUGUUAAAAGAAGGAAAUCUUAGACGGAGUCGACCGCAGACAAGCGUACACGACGGUUGUGCCACUCUCAACGGCGGGUUGGGACGACAUUCGUCUUCCGCAUCGUCGUCCGGCGUACAUUCAGACACCGCUGCCGAGACGGACAACACUUUAGUCUAUAGAGAUGGCAUUCUGUUAUCCGGACCGUUGUCCAGUCUUAUUCAACACUUGGUCCCCACCACUGAUUAUUACCCAGAUCAAGCGUAUCUAUUUGCGUUUAUUCUUAGCUCCCGGUUAUUCGUGAAACCACACGAACUGCUUGCCAAAGUCGUGGCUGUAUGUCACGCACAGCAAAGGCUUGGUGACCAAGUAUCGGCUGCUUUAAACCCUCUCCACAAGGAUCAGCUGUCGCGAUUCGUGCCCCGGUUAGUCCAACUAUUGGCCGAGUGGACAGACAAGUUUCCAUACGACUUCCGUGACGAACGGGUCAUGGCGCAUGUCCGGGAGAUUACACAUCAAUGUGUGUCCGUUGAACCGGCUGUCCGACACCAAGUCUCUGCGAUGCUACAGACGUUAUUGCACAGGCUCACGGCUCUCGACAAGUACGAGACUUUCCUACAACAGACUGGCACUGAUGCCACAGUUGGAUCUGCUGAUGCUUUAUCACCGACGGACACGAUGGAGGUCUGUUCCAGUGCGUCGUUGCUUGGCCAACAACUCACUCUUGUCGAACUCGAAAGGCUUUCGUUCAUUGGACCUGAAGAGUUUGUGCAAGCAUUUGCUAAGGACAGUCCACAUAUCGAUUCUUCGUUUAAAGACAUGAAAAAGACAAAGAAUCUCGAGUCGUAUGUCCAUUGGUUUAAUCGGCUCAGCUACUUAGUGGCAUCCGAAAUAUGCAAGCAUUCGAAAAAAAAACAGCGUGUAAAAACAAUUGAGUUUUGGAUUGAGACAGCCCGAGAGUGUUUCAACGUGGGAAACUUCAAUUCACUUAUGGCUAUCAUUGCAGGGCUUAACAUGUCGCCAAUAAGCAGGCUCAAAAAAACGUGGAAUAAAGUGCAACAGUCCGCUAAGUUUACCAUACUGGAACAGUACAUGGACCCAUCGUCCAAUUUCAGCAGCUACCGGUCAACGCUCAAGGCUGCUCUGUGGAGGAGCGCUGGUGCCACCGAUCAGCGUCAGAGGGUUGUCAUACCGUUCUUUUCGUUACUCGUCAAAGACAUUUAUUUCCUAAAUGAAGGAUGUCGUAAUAGGCUCGACAAUGGCCACAUAAAUUUCGAAAAAUUUUGGCAAUUGGCCAAACAGGUGACAGAGUUCAUUACGUGGAAACAGGCGGCUUGCCCGUAUGAGAAGAACGCCAAUCUUGUGUUGUUUCUCCUCACCACGCCAGUGCUCAACGAAAAAGCGCUCACAUUAUUGUCAUUCGAACGCGAACCGCCAGACAACAGCGUGGAAAAAGAACACUACAAAACCCUCAAGACUGCAUCGUAAUAUGCUGUAUUCUCAAUUAUUGUAUACACUUCUGGACUUUAAUUUUCCACUUCUUCAAAAGUCUGUUUUAAUUUAUUUUUAUUUUUUUUCAAAGCACAAAGAUGUGUAAAUGUUUUUUUUUUUCAAUGUUUCAUCUUAGGAUUGACUUGUAUGAUUAUUAUUAUUAUUGCACAAAAGGCUUCCAUAUUAGUGUUGCAUUUUGAAAUAAUGUAUAUUAUGUAUUUUUACGAAAAUUAAAAUGUUAAGAAAAAAAAAUAAUUGUAUAAAGUUGAAUAGGUUGUAUUUUUAUAUGUACUUAAACCGAUUAUAUUUUAUCGAAUUUACGAUUUCCACUUCAUAUUAAGUUGUUCAAAUAUCGUCAGUAUUAUUUUCAAACAAACUAACAAGU